CCGGCCCAGGAGCGCCCCGGAGGGCGCGGGAGGCUCGGCUGGGCCGGGUUUGGCUUCUGGCCGAGCUCGGGCCGAGAGCGCGACGCGGGGCCUGGUGCUGCCCAGGGCAUCGGUUGUACUCAAUUCCCUCGAGGAUAAGGCAAUAUACAUAGCUCACUGAUGAAAAUGAGCAGUUAGUCAAGAAGGUGAAAAAACUACACCUAAAAAAUAAGGAGCUAGAAAAGAAUCUGGGCCAGAUCGAAGAACAACUGCAUCUGCAGCAGUUCACGCAUGCCUGUGGCUCAAGCAGAGAGGAUUUUGUGCUGACAGAAGGCAGGUGAUCCUUUGAGUUGCCCAAGCUGUUUUCAUCCGAGGGAACUCGAGCCAUUGUCUUAUGCUGGUACUGCAAUGCUGAGUUCUAGCUCGACCACUGUGAAGAAUCUCCCUCUGAAGAGGAGGCUCUGUUUUCUGCUGAAACUUGUGUGCUUUGUCAGCUCAGUGUUAAUAUUUUGUGAGUUUUUAAUUUAUUAUGUGGUAAUAUUUCAAUGCCGAUGGCCAAAUGUCAAAGGUGGAGCUCACAUGAGUGAAAAAGAGACUUCAGCUUCAGUCCUAAAGGCCAUAAUUUUAGCUGAUACACACCUACUUGGUGAAAUCAAAGGACAUUGGCUGGAUAAGCUAAGAAGGGAAUGGCAAAUGGAGAGAUCUUUCCAAACUGCCUUAUGGUUACUGCAGCCAGAUAUUGUUUUUAUUCUGGGAGAUGUUUUUGAUGAAGGAAAAUGGAGCUCACCUCAGGCCUGGGCAGAUGAUGUCAGGAGGUUCCAGAAAAUGUUCAAGCAUUCCGUUUUUACGGAGCUGGUGGUCAUCGCUGGGAAUCACGACAUCGGAUUCCAUUACGAAAUGACUACUUACAAGGUAAAUCGAUUUGAAAAGCUUUUCAACUUUACUUCAGGAAAGCUGAUAACUCGGAAAGGAAUAAACUUUGUCCUGGUGAAUAGUGUAGCCAUGGAGGGUGAUGGCUGUGCUGUCUGCCGUACCUCAGAGGCAAAACUUGUGGCUCUUUCUCACAAACUGAAUUGCUCCCAGCAGAAACCGAAUCAUUCCAACAGAAGAUGCAGUGAUGUGGAAAAGCUUCCAGCUUCAGAACCCAUCCUUUUACAGCAUUACCCUCUCUAUCGGAAAAGUGAUGCUGAAUGCACGGGAGAAGAUUCUGCUCCUCCAGAGGAGAAAAACAUCCCUUUUAAAGAAAAAUAUGAUGUGCUGUCUCAAGAGGCAUCACAAAAGCUGCUAUGGUGGUUCCAGCCCCGUUUGAUUCUCAGUGGGCACACUCACAGUGCUUGUGAAGUACUGCAUGCAGGGAAAAUUCCAGAAAUCAGUGUCCCAUCAUUCAGUUGGAGGAAUAGAAACAAUCCUAGUUUCAUUAUGGGCAGCAUAACAUCAACUGACUUCUCCCUCCAAAAAUGCUUCCUUCCAUUUGAGAGCAGAGUCUUCACUAUCUACUGUGCAGCAGGUGCUCUGCUUGUGAUCCUGAUACUAGCUCAUGUUCAGCUUCUCACUCCACCGUUUUAUUUUGCUCAGCGUUUAAUCAGUAAGCAUAAAGCAGUAUGAAGAGCCAGACAUCUGCAUUCAGUCACUGAAAUACCAAAGCUGAGAACAGUCAAACAUCAGACUAUAUUCAUGCCAGCAAAUGACCUAAUUUGAUUGCUAGUCUGAAGGCAGGUUGCAUUUACACAUACCAUAGAAGUCCUAUACAGCUGAUAUGACUACUACAGGAUAAAUAAUUAACUGAAAUGAACGUUUCAUGCUGUACAAAAAUACUGUAUUCGACAAUCAAAUGAGUCCUUUUCCUGCUAUAAUUUUUGUAUCAAAUAUGUAUAUUAAAAGUGUAACUGUACAUUA